AUUCUGCUCCAUACGUCCCAGCAGAAGGGAGAUACAAGGAGGUACUCCUUUGCAACCUCUUCAAGGGAGGUCCUCUACCUCCAUUGGAGGACAUUGAGGAGGACUGCGAGGCAUUCGCAAGCUCUUUGAAGCUUGACCAAGAGGUUGCAGACAAGAUAGAGGAGAACACACGAACACAGCACCGAUCAGCCAAGUGGUUUGCCUUCAGAUCGGGUAGAACGACGGCGUCCACCGCAAGAGCUGUGUGCCACACGUCAAUGGAUGCGCCAGCACUGAGCCUCCUAAAGAAAAUAUGGCUCCCGGAGAAGUGUGUAUUUCAGAGUCCUGCGACAACCUGGGGCAUCGAACACGAAUAUGAAGCUCGACAGCUAUACACCGACGUGAUGGGACUGUCGCAUCCAAGCUUCACCUGUGUGAACAGUGGACUGUUAAUCCGCCCAGACUUGCCGUUUAUCGCAGCCACUCCAGAUGGGGCAACAGAGUGCAGCUGCUGUGGCCUAGGGCUCGUGGAGGUGAAGUGCCCCUACCUCCAAAGGCACUGCACACUAGACGAGCUGCUACUAUCUCUCCCAGAGUGCUUGGAGCGGGAAGAGAGCACUGGUGUGGUGUCACUGAAGACCACCCACACAUACUACUACCAGGUACAAACCCAGAUGCUUGUUGCAAAGAAGAACCGCUGUGACUUUGCCCUCUGGACCACCGAGGCAAUGUUUAUUGAGAGGGUGUAUGCCGACUCUGCUGCCCUUCAUAACGAGGUUGUGAUUAAGUGCAAGACUUUUUUUUGUAAAGGUGGUACUGCCGGAGCUGUUGUACAUGUUCUGGUCGCAGGCAGAAAUCGCGUCUGGAAACUAAAAAUUGACUACCUUCCAGCACAUGUUCAACUGAGUGGAAGAGAAUCAAAGAAAAAAUGUGAACACUAAAAGAAGAAAAUCCAGCCCUACUCG